AUGUGUAGCUUUAGUACUCAGGAGGAAAUAUGGCCCGCUGUCGUUGCGAGAUCGCUAUGGCCUGCUCGUUUGGACCUCGUUAUCCGCAGCCACGUGUCAAGCAGCUUCUUCCUGCUCGAAAUGCUCUUUGACAGCAUCGAGGCGAUGUGGCCACGUGGCAUUGGUGACGUCAUCCUCAUCCUAGACGGUGACGAGCAAGUGGCUGAGGAUCUCAUUCCCACGUGGAUCAAAGUCUACUACGAGGAUAACACGCUGAAGCUUCCAGGAAAGAUCCUGCAGCAGUGGAGCUACCUCUGGGCGGACAACUACACGACAGCCCCAUACGUGGCCAUAAUAGACGAUGACGUCAUUUUCAACAUGAAAGUGACGCCCGGGUUACUGUUCAACCUGACGGACGGCAAGCCGUACGUGAUUGGCAGCGCGAAGAACCAGAAGGACCUGUGGUUACCCUCCACCAUGUUUUUCGUUGGCGAGGACAAGUACUUUGCCAACUUCAUGGUGCAGCUGCCGUUUCUGAUGCCGACCAGCGUGCUGCCACGAUUCAGGAGCCAUGUGGCAAAUCUGCACAAGGAUAAGGGCGGCAGCUUCGACGCGGCUUUCAAGUGGUACUCCAAGCAUGGACCUUGGUUUAAGCGGACCCAAAUCGCCCACACGACCAUUGGGAACUACAUGUGGGCGUACGCUCAUCACGAGGUGCACUGGGCCUUGGAAUGGACCAAUCACACGCCGAUCCCUCGUGUCGGCGUGCAUAUUUCCUACACGCAGCACUUCCGCGUCGCUACGGAUCACAAGGGCAACGCGUCACGUGUCAUCAAGGCAUACGUCCAGGAGGCGGCUUAUUAUACGCACGAGGGUGUGUGUUAUGCGCUACCUACUGGGGAGCUCCCUGGGUGUGAUGAUGUGAACCGCUUCCCUCAAAAACAGAUAUGGCAGUAUGCCAUGGAUUGGUAUGACUGGCCUGCUAUCAAGAAGAAGAAGGCUAAUGCUACUAUAGUGUACGAUCAGUACCGCAGCGAGCUGGCGUGCAUGUACUGGAAGGUAGCUCAGGCAGUUGGUGGAGAGGAGCCGAGUGUGUUGGGGACAACUGUACAGCUGAGAGGGGCUGAUUAUGCUGGGAGAAGGAGGGAGCUAUUGACAUCUCUUCAGGAGUGUAUCACCUCAAGGUUACUGUAUAAUCCAAGCAGCUGA